AUCCGUCGCGACCGCCGUGUCCUCUGCGAAGCGGCCGUUACGCUACGGCCGUCACUACCACCAACACGUGUACGAUCGUAGGCUGUUUGCCACACCAGCUGUGUGCUGUGUAUCAUCCUGCUUUCGAGACCGGGUUGUGAGCACGCUCGUCGUGAUUCCGCACGAGACAAUUUCCGGGUCUGCAUGACUUUUCGUCGACGGCACGCGAGCACGCUGUUCCUCGUCCGAAGAUCAACGCACGCACCACCGCCGGCCGAUCCGAUCGCCGCGGCAGCCUGUCGGAGAAACGCGUGGCGGAGUCGGGGAGAGAGCUGAACGGAACAGUGGUCGAGCGCAGCAGCGAGCCACGAUGCAGGAGUCGCAGCCGAAGAAGGGCAAGAAAGGUAGGAGAAAGCGAAAUGACAGCGAUGAGGAUAUUGAACAAGUACUGGCAGAACUGGCGUUGGAAUAUUCUGGAGAAAAAUCAACUACAAACAACAAGGUUGAAAGUAAAACAGAAUCCGAUGAGCAAAAGAUUGACAAUGAAGAUAAGAAGAAAAAAGGGAAGAAGGAUAAAAAGAAGGAAAAGGCUGAGAAGAACGAUAUCAAAGAUGAAACCACAGACAAUAAUAUGGUAGAAACAGAAAUAAAUAAAGAAGAAAUAAAUCCAGCAGAAAUAAAUCCAGCAGAAAUAAAGGCAGCAGAAAUAAAUCAAGCAGAAAUAAGUAAUACUGACAUGGAUAUUGAAGUUGGUACUGUAAAAACGGCGGCACAAAAGAAGAAAGAGAAGAAAGAGAGGGAGAAACAAAAGAAAUUAGCUCAGAAAAAAGCGGAAUUUUCAAAGGAAAGUAAUAAGAAAGAAGAGGAAACUGCAGAUUCUGAAGAAAAGAAAAAUGAUAAAGUAUCAGUGAAAAAACAAGAUAGCGUAGAAGCCGAUGGCGAUACUGCUGAACCAGAAGAUGGCACAAAGAAGAAAAAAAAGAAAGGAAAGGAAGAGACUAAAGAGAAGGGUAAAGGGCCUGGAAAGAAAACUAUUGCAGCUAUGCAAGAAGCUUUGAAAAAAUUAAAAGAGGAAGAAGAAAGAUUGAAACGUGAACAAGAAGAAAGGAUGAGACAAGAAGAAUUACGAGAGCAAGCAAGACUAGAGCAAUUGCGACUUGAGCAAGAGCGCAAAGAGAAAAAGAAAUUGAAAGAAAAACAACGAAAAGAACGAUUGAAAGCAGAAGGAAAAUUCUUAACAACGAAACAAAAACAAGAUAGGGCUAGGGCACAAGCGAUGAUUGAAGCACUUAAAGCUCAAGGAUUUGACUUGCCAGAAGCAGGAGAGAAAAAACCUCGACCAGGAACACGAAUUAGGCCAAAUAAAAUGAAGCAACAACUUAGUGUUGAAAAGAAGGAGGAAGAGAAGAUAGAAGAUGACGAAACAUCUGCGGCUCAAGUUCAAGUCGAAAUUGUAGAUGAACCGGCAAGUGAAAUAAAGGAGAAGAAGGAGGAAGAUGAUGUGAAGGAUUCAUGGGAUGUCGAUACCACUGAUGAUGAACAAGAAGAAGAUAAAUCGGAUGAUAUUCUGAAAACACCUGAGAAAGUGGAAAAAUCCGUUGAAAAAGUCUCGGCCUCGGUUGAAGAAAAGAAGGAAUCAUCCGAAAGCGAUACAGAGAGCGAAAGCGCAAGUGAAUCUGAGUCUGAGGAUGAGAGCGAUGAAGACAGUGAAGUAGAAGAUAAAAUACCAGAUGCUGCACGUAAAAAGGAACGUGCAAGGGAACGAAUUCAGACUCGCCGCAUAGAGGCCGAGAAGAAGAAAUCUUUAGAUAAUUUGAGGGCUGCCGUUGUCUGUGUUUUGGGACACGUCGAUACUGGCAAAACGAAGAUUCUGGAUAAAUUGAGAAGGACGAAUGUGCAAGACGGGGAAGCUGGUGGUAUAACUCAACAAAUUGGUGCUACUAACGUACCAAUUGAAGCUAUCCAAGAUUCAACAAAGCAUGUAAAAGGCUUUGCUGACAAGAAAUUUAAAAUUCCUGGUCUCUUGAUCAUAGAUACACCUGGUCACGAAUCGUUUAGUAAUCUCAGGAGCAGAGGGUCUUCUCUUUGUGAUAUAGCAAUUUUAGUUGUAGAUAUUAUGCAUGGAUUGGAACCGCAAACUAUAGAAAGUAUCAAUUUAUUGAAAGCAAAAAAGUGUCCUUUUGUUGUUGCUCUCAAUAAAAUUGACAGAUUGUACGAUUGGCAAACUAUGAAUCGUAAAGAUGUUCAAGAUAUAGUAAAAAAUCAAGAACCUAACACUCAGCGAGAAUUUGAGAGGCGAUCGAAAGAUAUUAUUGUACAGUUUGCGGAGCAAGGUUUGAAUGCGGCAGUGUAUUAUGAGAAUCCAGAUCCUAGGGAAUACGUAUCGUUAGUUCCUACCAGUGCUAUAACAGGCGAAGGUAUGGGCAACCUGUUGGCAUUAAUAGUUGAUGCCUGUCAGGGUCCUCUCGCUAAAAGAUUGAUGUACAGUGAAGAACUUCAGGCUACUGUAUUGGAAGUCAAAGCAUUGCCUGGACUUGGUACUACGAUAGACUGUAUUCUAGUCAAUGGGUUGUUAAGAGAAGGUGAUACAGUCAUCAUCGCUGGUACGGACGGGCCUAUUGUAACACAAAUUCGCUCGCUUCUUAUGCCGCAACCGUUAAAGGAAUUACGAGUUAAGAAUGCAUACAUCGAACAUCGAGAAGUUAAGGCUGCUCAAGGAGUGAAAAUUGCUGCUAAAGAUUUAGAAAAAGCCAUUGCUGGAUUAAAUCUACAAGUUGCGCAAAAACCAGAUGAGGUGGAUCUUAUGAAGGAGGAAAUAGCAAAGGAAUUAUCUAGUGCUUUGGGAAAUAUACGAUUAGCUGAACGAGGAGUUUACGUCCAGGCAUCGACCUUGGGAGCCCUUGAAGCGUUAUUGGACUUCCUUAAAAGCAGCAAGAUACCGUACUCCGGAAUUCGUAUCGGUCCGGUCGUCAAAAAAGACGUCAUGAAAGCUUCCAUCAUGUUGGAGCACGAUAGCCAAUACGCCACGAUUCUCGCGUUCGAUGUGAAAAUCGAGAGGGACGCGCAGGAGCUCGCUGACUCGCUGGGCGUCAAGAUCUUCCAGGCCGACAUUAUUUACCACCUGUUCGACAAAUUCACCAAUUAUAGGGAGGAAUUGAAGCAGCGCAAGCGGGACGAGAACAAGCACAUCGCCGUGUUUCCGUGCAAGCUGAAGAUCCUGCCGCAGUACGUAUUCAACUCGAGGGACCCGAUCGUGAUCGGCGUGAUGGUCGAGGCUGGAAUCGUCAAGGAAGGAACGCCGCUCUGCGUCCCGAGCAAGGACUUCGUUGACUUGGGCAUGGUAACCAGUAUAGAGUACAACCACAAGUCCGUGGAAUCGGCUAGGAAAGGCCAAGAGGUCUGCAUCAAAAUCGAGCCUGUGCCGGGAGAAGCGCCCAAGAUGUUCGGUCGUCAUUUCGAGGCGAAAGACUUUCUCAUCAGCAAGAUAAGCAGACAGAGUAUAGACGCCUGCAAGGAUUACUUCAGGGAUGACCUGCUGAAGACCGAUUGGCAACUCAUGGUAGAACUAAAGAAGCUCUUCCAGAUACUCUAGGAUAUGAUAAGGAUCGCGGCGGCGACAUUGUCCAAGGGCCUCUCGCUUCACCAGCGACCGCUCGGCGAGAAGAUCGGGCCCGAGCGACGAGCCUAUCCUCGAUCGUCGUCGUCGCGACGUCGCGACGUCGCGAGAUACGCACGAUCGACGACAUGCGGCACGCUCGAGCCUGUCCGAGUCGAAUUCAACGAGUGCGGAUUGACGCCUCUCUCGUUCCUCCAGAGGAUCACCGAAAGCUACACAACGAGUAUGCCGUCGGAAGAGAGACGCGAAGACGAUCCCGUUGGCGUCCUUGGAAGUGCACGCACGGCUUUCGAGGACGAUCGACGGGGAGGAGACGCGAUCGCGUUGGAUUCCGCGAUUGCGUUCGGAGUAUUUACGGAGUACCGCGAAAGCGGUACUCCCGUAUCUUGUCGACGAGCAGGAAGCGAACGUAGCCGGUCGCAUCGGGGAGGAAGCUUCUUGGAAGUGCACGAUCGCGAGAAGCGGAGGAUCGCUCCCGGUCGGGACGUCGUUGGGCAACGACGUUGUAGAUACGCGGAAAGAAGGAGACCGGGCCGAGGGAGAAGAAGAGGAAGAGAAAGAAAGAGAGAGAGAGAGUGAGUGAUGAGAGGGGGGGGGAAAGGGAGAGGGGUAAGGGGGACAAACAAGCGUGGCGCUGAUGAACGAAAUAAUCGCGCGAGAACCUCGUGGUGUUUUGUAUAUGUAAUCUCUUUGUAUAAGACAAGGGCGCAAGUAUUGCGGUCAGAAAAUAAAGACUACGCGUUUUCGCAUAAAAAAAAAGAAAGAAAAUAAAAGAGAGAGGGGAAAAUAUCGCUCGCUCUGUCUUCCUUUCUUGCUACGUCCCAUCCGUCUCGGAUGCAUGCCAUUUUUAUGUGUCCGACGUGCUCGCAGCUAUCAGUAAGUAUUCAUCUUUCAAUGAGUCAUUCAUCUGUUGAACUUUCUGCAUUUUUAUGAGACCUUUUACGAUAAAACAUUUCGCAGGUGUCGCGAUUAUUUGUUAUUUUUUUUUACAGCUCACAGAUUUAAGAAUUUUAAAUUUGCCAUGAUCUUUUUUUCGCAUGUUAACGCCUUUUCUCCGUGGAAUUCUCGAUUGAGAAAAAUGCGAAAAAUGUGAAAAAUGUGAAAAAAGAGGCUACUUUUGUGCCCACUCCGUCAUUGCCGGCAUAAAUUAUGUUCAUUUAAGCGACUGCCCCCUGCCGUCCAUUGAGAAACGUCGAAACCAAGCCGCUAGGCGUAAAUACAUUGAAAAAUUGAACAAAACGUUCUUCGGGAAAAGAGCCCACGGUCCUCUAUUUGGACCCUUCUUCCGACUAUCACCUCCAUUACACGUUCCUCUAUUAAGACUUUCGACGAUAUGUACACCCCGACCGUGGGAACGCGCGUUUUUAAUUGGCCGAGAGUGGCAAUAACGCCGGAAAGAAACUCGAGAAAUAAAUCGACUACGACGGGGGAGGAGAAGGAGGAGAGCGACAAUGACGAUGAACGACGAACGACGACGACGAUGAUGAUGACGUGUAACGUUACGCAGUAGAUCGCAUAUCGUUCUCAAAUUCUCUCGAGAGCCGCCCUCCCCCGCUUUAGCGCUACCGGAAGCGACAAUAAUAGGUCGCGGGUGUGCAAGAUCGAUUGUGUCGCGGGAUUAAAAAAAAAAAUACAACCGAAAAUCACUCCGAUGCCCAUUUCCAUCAACGCUGAUUAACUUUGAUCUCAGUUUAACUUACUCUUUAUUUUUCGUUAGUUGAGAGAAUUGGAAUAAGAUGAAGAGCAAGUUAAACUGAGAUAAAAAUUAAUCUACAUUGGUGGAAAUGCAUGUACAUAAGUCAUUCAAGCUGCCGUGUAUCCGCGCAAAACGCAGACUCACUUACGUAAGUCGUAAGUUUUAAUCGGUUUAUCCGAUCCCGCUUCUCCCCCCCCCCUCCCGUCUUCUCCCCCCCGCAUCGUCCCUCCCGAUGCGAUUCCGUCUCGUGUGCACGCUACUCUUACGCGUAUUAUCUUACACACAUCGAUACGUACCGAUACGUGCGUGCGGGCGCGUACACACCCGCGCGCGGUUUCCUCUGUUUCUCUCCCCCUUCCCUAUCCUCUCUCCGAGCAGCGUUCUAAGUCGAUGCCGUCUGUACGGUCAUAAGAUACGAACAACCGGUCAGCGUGAACAAAUGGUAACGCGAGCGAAUGAUAACGCGAACAAAUAAAUUUUAAUACCUGUCUUUACCUAGAGUUAGACUAAAAAAAAAACAAAAAAAAACAGACUUUCGCAUUAUCUAUUUCCCGUCUCUGAAGAAAGAAAAAGAAAGCUCAAUUACGUUCAGUAAAGUAUCUCUGAACUCCUUCCCGUGGAAAGUUUGAUAGUUGUCAAGCAAUCCCCCUUUUAUACAUUUGUUACAUUCUAUGCGCAUAAAUGAUAUUAUAAAAUUGUAUAAAUAUCAUAGAUAUUAAAUAUCACAUGUAUUAAAUGACGUUACAUUGUUAUCAACAGCAUACAAAAUUGUUACUACGUUUAUCAAUAAAAGUUCCGUUUGACCGAUAA